GUCUGUCUGCCCCUAAAAAAAUGUGCUGACCCCCGUGAGUGGGAUUUUGGGGGAGCAGAGCCGCAUGAGACCAGGAACUCAUCUCACAGUCAACCCCCGAUCCAGCCCUUCCACGGCUUCAGCAAUGUUGCCGAGGAAAGCAGAGAAGAGAAUUGCUUCGUCCAUCUUCAUCACCCUUACGCCACCACGGAGGGAUGUGGCCACCAAGGAGAAAACCCAACAGGAGCUGCAGCCAGAUGGUGCCAAGGUCCCUGGCACCCAUCACCCCCAGAUCCUGCUGUCAGCCCCCACGUUGUCCAGUGGAGAAACCCAGCCGGUGGCCCCUGUACCUUCAUCCCCACCAGUCCUUCCCCUCUCUGAAGUGCCCCAGCCCUUGUCUGAGGAGGCGUUGGGUCUGGCACUGCAACAACUGGACCUUGCAGCACCUGCCACCCUCCAGGCCCCUUCUACCUUCCCUGCUAAAUUGAAGCCGUCCACAUUUUGUCAGGAGCAAGCAGGCAAGCAGCAGUGGCAGGAUGUGAAUGGGUACCCAGAGAGGGACAGCUCUAGAGACAUCUGUGCCUUCUGCCACAAAGUGCUGGGGCCCCAGGAGCCGACGGUGGAGGCAAUGCAGAAGCAGUACCACCCUGACUGCUUCACCUGCCGCACGUGCCACCGACUCCUGGCUGGGCAGCGCUACUUCCAGAGAGAUGGGUGCCCCACGUGUGACACCUGCUUCCAGGCCACGCUAGAGAAAUGUGCCAAGUGCCAGGAGCUGAUCACGGAGCACAUUAUCCGUGCUCUAGGCAAGGGCUACCACCCCAGCUGCUUCUCCUGCUUCUCCUGCGGCCGGGCCAUCGGCACCGAGAGUUUCACUGUGGAUGAGCAGGGUGACGUGUACUGCAUGCCUGACUUCUACAGGAAAUAUGCCUCGGUGUGCAGUGCCUGUGAGCGCCCCAUUGUCCCUCAUGAGGAUGAGGACACCUACAAGAUUGAGUGCCUGGGACGCAGCUUCCACGAGAGCUGCUACCGCUGCGAGAGCUGCAGGAUGCCCCUGUCACCGGAGCUGACAGAGAAUGGGUGCUACCCCUGGAUGACCACCUCCUCUGCAAGUUCCUGCCACAUCUGCUGGCGCAACGAGUCAUCCUGCUGAGACCCUGCAGCUCAUCAACCUCUUCCAGUGCCAGGCACCAGAAAGGGGGUGCCCCCAGUGGGAUGUGCCCCAUGGCUGACCCUGCAUGCCU